GGAGAAGGGGAGGAGACCCUAAGCUACUCUAAGCAGUAGGGGGUGGAGUUAGUAUGCUUUGGAGCUACAGCUUGAGGGGUGCUGAGGGGUACGUGUGCCUCACCUGCUUCCUUUUCAGGGACAGGGCAGAGGAAGCUCACUUGGGCUCCUCUCCCACACCACAGCAUCCUUAACAAAGAUACCUUCUUGCCCAUUUGGAAGAGAUCUUCCUCCUUACUGAAGGAGAGCCGGGUAUCGUAUGGGGUGCAGGUCUUUGUCCAAAUUUUGCCACGUUGUUUCCUACCAAGGGUGGGGUCUCCUUUUGGUUUCAGUUUCUCUGCCCCUAAAAUGGAGUGGCUCUGGGAAGGGAGAGACGCUCAUUUCUACUGAGACUCCUACCACCCCCAGUGGUGAAAUGAAAAGUGGCAUGGACGGAAAGGGUCUGCGGCCUGGGGCUCACAGUCACUGAGGUUCCGAGAUGGGGACGCCACCUGCCAGCUCUGGGGUAUCAGGACAACUCCAUCUUCCAAAGUCAGCUUUCCUUCUGGAACUCCAGUGCCAAGUCUGUCUCCAUAGAAGGCCCACCCCAAGCCCCGCCCUUUUCCCAAGGCCUCACACCCUCCGACCUUGGGGAGAAGAGGAAGGAAGGAGGGAGCAGGGACAGAGGGUUUGCAGAAUUGGGGCUGGAGAGGAGGAGGGAGGAACACUUUUUUUUUAAAUCUGCAGUGCCGGCCUCUCCCCUGUUUGCUCUGAGAUACCAGUCUUGCUCCUGCCCAGUCCAGGCAGCUACCCUUGGGUGCUCCCUUCCCUCCCCGACACCCAGACUGACCUUGACCGCCGGCCUGGCAGGAGCAGGAGCAGGACGGUUGGACGCGGCCAUGGCCGGGCUCCCGGGGCCCUUUCUUUGCGGGGCCCUGCUAGGUUAUCUGUGCCUGAGUGGUGAGGAGGGGCUGGGCGGGAUCACAGCGAGAGCUGGGGGGCACAGGCCCGGCUUCCCGGCUCCUGGGGACCCACUCUGUCCCUGCCAGGCCAGCUAAGGCUGCCGUGGGCUAGACGGGCCCUAAGUUGCCUGGGCUGAGGCCGGGAGGGGGUGUUGAAAGCCAAGAGGGCAGAGGAGAGAGGCCCCCCAAGCUGGCGGAGUUCAGCCUCUCCGUGGUACAGGCCUGAACCACUCACCGCAGGGGUAGUGUUUUUCUCUCUCUGCUAAAUACACACACCCUCUUACCUGGCCCAGUCUUGGCCCUUUUACCCACAAAGACCCGGCCCCUCCCGGAAACCACAGGUUUUGGGAAGGGAGGGGUUGAAUUGAGGGGAGAGGGUUGUGCUCUGGGAAAGGAGCCCUCAGCUUUCAACGUAGAUGACCGGAGUGGCCCCAACCCUCCAGAUUACUGGAAUUUGGGUUCCUACCUCCCUUUGGUUCCUGGCCACAGGACUGGCGGUGGAGGUGAAGGUAUCCACUGAGCCGCUGAGCACGCCAGUGGGGAAGACAGCCGAGCUGACCUGCACCUACAGCACGUCCGUGGGAGACAGCUUUGCCCUGGAGUGGAGCUUUGUGCAGCCUGGGAAGCCCAUCUCUGAGUCCCAUCCAAUCCUGUACUUCACCAAUGGCCAUCUGUAUCCAACUGGUUCUAAGUCAAAGAGGGUCACCCUGCUUCAGAACCCCCCCACAAGGGGGGUGGCCACGCUGAAACUGACUGACAUCCACCCCUCAGAUACUGGAACCUACCUCUGCCAAGUCAACAACCCACCAGAUUUCUACACCAAUGGGCUGGGGUUAAUCAACCUUACUGUGCUGGUUCCCCCCAGUAAUCCCUCAUGCAGUCAGAAUGGACAAACCACUGUGGGAGGCUCUACUGCACUGAGAUGCAGCUCUUCCGAGGGGGCUCCCAGGCCAGUAUACAACUGGGUGCGUCUUGGAUCUUCUCCUACACCUUCUCCUGGCAGCAUGGUUCAAGAUGAGGUGUCUGGCCAGCUCAUUCUCACCAACCUCUCCCUGACCUCCUCGGGCACCUACCGCUGUGUGGCCACCAACCAGAUGGGCAGUGCAUCCUGUGAGCUGACCCUCUCUGUGACCGAACCCUCACAAGGCCGAGUGGCUGGGGCUCUAAUUGGGGUGCUCCUGGGCGUGCUGUUGCUGUCAGUUACUGCGUUCAGCCUGAUCAAGUUCCAGAAAGAGAGGGGGAAGAAUCCCAAGGAGACAUAUGGGGGUAGUGACCUUCGGGAGGAUGCGGUCGCUCCUGGGAUCUCUGAGCACACUUCGAGGGCUGAUUCUAGCAAAGGGCUCCUGGAAAGACCCUCAUCUGCCAGCACCGUGACGACCAACAAGUCCAAGCUCCCUAUGGUUGUGUAACUUCUCAUCCCUGAGGGCGGCGAAGGGGAAUAUCAGUAAUUAAAGUCUGCGGGUACCAUACUGUCUCCUUCUUUCUGCUGGUAUAGCGAAUUCCUCUAGGCGGCUCAAAGAGUAUUAACAGUAAGGGAAGGAAUGAGCUUGAAGUCCAAGAAAUGAUGCUGUAGGUUGGCAGGAAGUUUGGUUGGGUAAAAGGGGUAGGUUUCAACCUAGGUGCCUCUCCACCUCAGCCCACCAACCCUGAUUUUUGGUUUGGCCAAAGGAGACUUGUUCAAGCUCCAAGCCGAGGCCUGUGCACCCAAACUCCCUCCCCUGGCACCCUCUGGACACUUGGACAUUCCUCUUUAUUGUUCACAUUCCAACCCAGCACAGUCACAUGCACACACGGAGAUAAAAAACCUUUCGGCCACAGCCCCAGGAGCCCAGCGGGGAGCGGGGACGGGGCCGACAGGGGCGGGGCGAGGCCGCGGAAGACUCCUCCUACCAAGCCUCCCAGGCGCUCGGCGUUUGCAUAAACAAGAGAGCUGGAGAGGCUGCCCUCCACAGUGCGCUGGGGAAAGGGGAGAGAACGUGACAGGCAGGUGUGGGAUAGGGACUUCUCUUCCGAUCAGAGUAAGGGGCGUCGACACCAUUAAAACCCUCUUCUCUUCAUCUCGCCCCAGAUCCAAAGUCCUGGGGCUAGGCUUGGGGCACGGAGAUGUAGGGCGCCCCUUUUAGCUGCGCACAGAACGAAAGGACUUGUUUUUUCUUUAAGUAAGUGUACUUGGGUGACGCUUAGGGCGCCCUCCGCAGUGCGCGCAGGAAAGCGCAGAGGCUGCGGAGGCAGAGCUGCAUGCUGGGUGCGGGGAGAGGUGGGCGAGAAGCAAAAGAAGGAUUUGGGAGCGCAGGGUUUACGGUGGGUUGGGGUGGAAGGGCAAAUGGGGACCAUACUAGACUGUAGAACUAACUAAAAG